CACUUCAGUUCGUGACAGUCACUUUAUCAACUUCACAUCUGCCGAACCCAGUCACCAUGUCAAAACAAUAUCUGACCACGCAUACGAUCGAUAAUGCCCACAUAACGGAUAUCUUCUCCCUGGCGGCAGCCCCAGGCAUCCUGCUGUCCGCGAGCGGCUCAUCGACACUUCACGUGCACGACACCUCGUCACCCGCGUUCUUGCUCGUGCUGUCCCUCUCGGGCGCACACAAGCUCGGAGCGCACCAUGUCGCCGUGUCGCGGGACGGCAAGGUGGCCGCGUCCGCGGGGUUCGGGGGCGAGGUCAAGAUCUGGAGGGUCGCCGAGUCCGGCACGGGAGACUGGAUCGCGGCGGGUGAGGUCGACUCUGGUAACGCGACGGCAUCGGCAUUAGUAGCGGAGGACGACGCUUCUGCGGCGAACGGUAAUGGUAGCUCAUCAAAGACGAAGAAGAAGAAGAACGCCGGAGAGGCAUGGGCCAUCGCGCUUAGCGAGAACGGCCAGUUUCUCGCCACCACGACAUACGACGGUCGGAUCAACGUCUGGGAUCUCCUGGCUGGCGGCGAGCAGAAGAAGGCACCGAGCAAGAUUCGCGAGUACGAGACCGGCAGCGGCGGCUCCGGCAGCUUCGGCCUGUGCGUGGACCUGAGCCAGGACGGACGCUACACGGCAAGCGGACACCAGAACGGGUCGGUGUACGUGUUCAACAACGACACGGGCCGGCUGCAGUACUCGCUCCCGGGGCUGGUCAAGCCCGUCCGCGCCGUCGCCUUCUCGCCGCUCUCGACCCGCCUCGCGGCCGCGGGGGACGCGGGCAUGAUUGCCAUCUACGACACCAAGCACGGCGAGCACAUUGGCAACCUCACGGGCCACGGCGCGUGGAUCACCGCGCUCGACUGGAACGACACGGGCGAGUACCUGCUCAGUGGCGCGUUCGACGGCAAGGCCAAGGUGUGGUCAAUUGAGCGGGCCACCUGUGUCGCGACGCACAGCGAGACGGACAAGGCCAUCUGGAGCGUCAAGUGGCUGCCGCGGCCGGGCAGAAACGAGAUGUUCUGCACAGCGGGGGCGAACCGGAGUCUGACAUUCUAUCGCGAGGCUACAGGUGCUUGAGGAUGAUUCUUAUGCAAGGGCGACAUGUAUACAUGCAGCCUCGGAGGGAAUAGAGAUACAUCAUAACAGGAAAAGUCAGCUGGGCGAGUAGGGAAGAUCCUCGAUGGCGGAAAUGGACGCUCAGUUUGAAGCGCAUGAACA